AGCAAAGCUCCCUCAGUGCGUCAUUGGUCGUGUAUUAGUAACACUGUUCUCCGAACCCCUUCAAUACAGCAUAGAAUAUCCAACAUAACGCACCAUCAACGAAACCGUCAGUAUUCAAUUUACAAUACAAAAAGAAAUCGACUACCGACGCCAUUGAUCGAACAACACAAUCCUUGAAAUCUGUGAGAACAUUUUGCAACAGAGACUAGAAUAAAUAGAGCAAAGAAAAAUCAAUUUACCACGUGAGGACGAACUGUUCGGGGGGGAGUGGUGGUGCCAGUGCAUCAGACGAAAAUUCAUCAAUCGUGUCAACUUGAAUUUAUUAAUCCAUUUAUUUGAUAACUACGACCAACAUCUGAAGCUGCUGAUUGUCAUACCGAGGCCGAACGCUGUGCUCAUUACACUGAGGAGAUUACGAAUAUGAGCUCUGGUGAUCCGUGGUCUCUUCCGGUAAAGCAGGGUCUUUAUGACCCGAGUUUAGAAAAGGAUGCUUGUGGUGUUGGUUUUAUCGUCGCUAUCGAUGGAAAAAGAUCGCAUAAGAUUGUAAGUGAUGCUGAGACUCUUUCAGCUCGUAUGAACCACAGAGGUGCAUGCGCCUGUGAUAACGAUACUGGAGAUGGUGCUGGUGUUCUCUGUGCGAUUCCUCAUGACUACUACGCAGAAGAAAUACGUGAAAAACAGGGAAUUCAGCUACCCGAGUUUGGAAAAUAUGCCACGGGUAUUUUAUUCCUUGAUAAGAGAACUCAUACGACGACCGAGGCUGCUUUCGAGAAGCUCGCAGCAGAAUGCAACUUGAAGGUCAUUUGUUGGCGUGAUGUGCCAACAGACAAUUCUCACAUUGGUCAAGUGGCACGAAAAUGCGAGCCUUACAUGCGCCAGGUAUUCGUUACUGGUGAACAAGAUGAGGAACUCCUCAACCGUCAGGUGUUUGUGCUGCGAAAACGCUCGUCGCACACUAUACCCCAGCCUGGUAUACGAUACUACAUCUGCUCCUUAUCCCUGAGGACAGUUGUCUAUAAGGGUCAGUUCACUGCUGAUCAAUUGUGGCUGUAUUUUACUGAUCUGAAAAAUCCCAAGUUUGAGACUUAUCUCGCCCUGGUACACACGCGAUUCUCGACUAAUACAUUUCCAAGUUGGGAGAGAGCUCAUCCUCUCAGGAUGCUCGCACACAAUGGAGAAAUUAAUACUCUCCGUGGAAACGUGAAUGCUAUGAAGGCUCGUGAGGGUGUUAUGAAAAGUGAUAUUUUUGGUGAUAAACUCAAGGAUUUGUACCCAGUCGUUGAGCCAAACCUUUCUGACUCUGGAUCCGCUGAUUGUGUACUCGAGUUUCUAGUCAUGGCUGGGGAACGUACCUUACCGGAGGCAGUGAUGACAAUGGUUCCGGAAGCGUGGCAGAAUGAUCUGACAAUGGCAACGGAGAAGCGCGAUUUCUACCACUGGGCUGCAUGUGCAAUGGAACCCUGGGAUGGACCAGCUCUUCUCACCUUCACCGAUGGCCGCUAUGUUGGAGCUAUUUUGGACAGAAAUGGCCUGCGCCCAUCGCGCUUCUACGUCACUAAGGAUAACAUGAUGGUGAUGGCGUCUGAAGUGGGCGUCUAUGACACUCCGCCCAGCAAUGUUGUCCUGAAGAGUCGUUUGAAGCCUGGCAGAAUGCUCCUCGUUGACACUGAAGAAAAAACAAUCAUCCAGGAUGUUGAGCUGAAACUGCAAAUUGCCAGGAGUAGGCCACAUUCUAAAUGGCUCAAGGAGCAGAUUUCCCUGGAUGAUCUCCGUGCAGCUCAUACUCCAGUGGAGAAUGGAGUGGGAAAUGGUCACACCAAUGGUCUGGGUAUCACCAACGGUCUGAAUGUUCCGGGCAUUCUGAAUCGAGCGCUGGAAGCGGACAGACGUCUGGGCCUCUACAGCUAUACCAUCGAGACCAUAAAUCUCCUCCUGAUUCCCAUGAUCAACACGAAAAAGGAAGCUCUCGGUUCAAUGGGUAACGACGCACCUCUAGCCUGUCUGUCCCAAUUUCAACCUCUGAUCUACGAUUACUUCAAGCAAUUAUUCGCUCAAGUAACAAAUCCACCGAUUGAUCCGUUCAGGGAGAAGAUUGUGAUGUCUCUGCUGUGUCCAAUUGGUCCUGAGAGCAAUAUACUGAAGCCUGAUGAGCGCCAGGUGCACAGAUUGUUCCUUCCAAACCCGAUUCUUUCUCUGCAUGAUCUAGAUGUCAUUAAGCACACGAGCUAUCGAGGCUGGAGGACAAAAGUCAUCGAUGUAACUUAUGAGAGAGCACUUGGACCCGGUGGUCUGCUGAAGACCCUGGAUCGCAUCAACGAAGAGGCUAAUGAAGCUGCCAAGGAGGGCUAUCAGCUCAUAGUCCUUUCUGAUCGUCUUGGAGGCCCUGAGAGAAUUCCUGUCUCCAUGGGCCUUGCUCUUGGAUCGACUCAUCAUUUUUUGAUUGAGGAGAGACAGAGGAUGAAGGUGGGGCUGAUCGUUGAAACUGCUGAAGCCAGGGAGGUUCAUCACAUGUGUGUUUUACUUGGAUAUGGAGCUGAUGCUAUUUGUCCUUAUCUGGUACUGGAGAUUGCCAGGAGAUUGAGGGAUGAAGGGGUUAUCAAUUCCGAGAUGACUGACGAAAUUAUGGCGAAGAACUAUGCUGAGGCUAUGGAAAGGGGACUGGCUAAGGUCAUGGCUAAGAUGGGCAUUUCGACACUUCAAUCUUACAAAAGUGCACAGAUCUUUGAGGCUGUUGGAUUGGCUGAUACUGUUGUUGAGAAAUGUUUCAAGGGAACGCCAUCACGAAUUGGAGGAGUAGACUUUGAAGUCCUGGCAAAGGAAGGGUACGAGCGUCACUCCCUAAUGUACUACGAGCAGAUGGUCGAUUGUCAUAUCCUCCGCAAUCCCGGUGUCUAUCACUGGCGAGCUGGAGGUGAAAAGCACAUAAACGAUCCCCUGAGUAUUGCUAAUUUACAAGAAGCAGUUGAGCUCAAAUCCUCGAAUGCCUACGAGAAUUACAGAAAAUCAUCGAUGGAAUCUGUGAAAGCUUGCACACUCAGAGGACAAUUGCAGCUUCGCAAAUCAAAUCAUCCAGUUCCUAUUGAAGAAGUUGAAGCAGCAUCGGAGAUUGUGAAACGAUUUGCCACUGGUGCAAUGAGCUUUGGAAGUAUUUCCCUGGAGGCUCACUCUACUCUUGCUGUGGCGAUGAAUCGCAUCGGCGGAAAAUCAAAUACUGGUGAAGGUGGUGAAAAUGCAGACAGAUAUUUGAAUCAAGAUCCAGAGUUCAACAAACGGUCUUCAAUAAAACAGGUGGCUAGUGGAAGAUUUGGAGUGACUUCUAGCUAUCUUGCAAACGCUGAUGACUUGCAGAUUAAAAUGGCACAAGGAGCUAAGCCAGGAGAAGGAGGAGAGCUUCCUGGAUACAAGGUGACAGCGGACAUUGCAGCCACUCGUCACUCGGUUCCAGGAGUGGGUUUGAUAUCACCACCUCCUCACCACGACAUCUACUCCAUCGAGGAUUUAGCUGAACUGAUUUAUGAUCUCAAAUGUGCAAAUCCCAACGCCCGAAUUUCUGUAAAAUUAGUGUCUGAGGUAGGAGUGGGAGUUGUGGCUGCUGGAGUUGCUAAAGGCAAGGCUGAGCAUGUGGUGAUCUCUGGGCAUGAUGGUGGCACUGGAGCCAGCAGUUGGACUGGUAUUAAGGCUGCUGGGUUACCCUGGGAGUUGGGAGUCGCUGAGACUCAUCAAAUUUUGACUCUGAAUAAUCUGAGAUCAAGAAUGAUUGUUCAAGCUGAUGGACAACUGAGGACUGGAUUCGAUGUGAUCGUUGCAGCUCUCCUCGGGGCUGAUGAAUUUGGAUUUAGUACUGCACCACUCAUUGCUAUGGGAUGCACAAUGAUGAGGAAGUGUCAUUUGAAUACUUGUCCUGUGGGAAUUGCAACGCAAGAUCCCGUCUUGAGGAAGAAAUUUGCUGGGAAACCUGAACAUGUCAUCAAUUUCUUUUUCAUGCUGGCUGAAGAGAUACGAGGUCAUAUGGCAUCUCUCGGAGUCCGUAAAUUCCAAGAUUUAAUUGGUCGCACGGAUCUUCUCCAGAUGCGUGAAGACAUCACCAUAUCGAAAGCAAAGAUGUUGGAUCUGUCAAAUGUCCUUCGUUCAGCCCUCGACCUUCGGCCAGGUGCCAACAUUCGUGGUGGAAGUAUAAAACAAGACUUUCAAUUGGAAAAUCGUCCCGAUAAUAUUCUCAUCGAGGAGGCCAAGCUCAUUCUCAACAAUACCCAGAAAAUCGUUAACAUCGACAUGACAAUAAAUAACGAGACCCGAGCAUUUGGCUCGACCCUGAGUUACUACAUCUCAAAGCAGUUGGGUGAAGCUGGCCUUCCGGACAAUAGUAUUAAUAUUCGACUGAAGGGCUCCGCAGGUCAGAGCUUCUGUGCAUUUCUCACUAAUGGAAUUCACGUGAUUCUGGAGGGAGAUGCCAAUGAUUACGUUGGAAAGGGUCUCUGUGGUGGUGAAAUUGUUAUUUAUCCCCCGAAGGAAUCAGAAUUUUUGUCAGAAGCUAACGUAAUCGUCGGAAAUGUGUGUUUAUACGGAGCAACAUCAGGAAAGGCGUAUUUCCGAGGUAUAGCAGCUGAAAGAUUCAGUGUUCGAAAUUCUGGUGCAGUUGUGGUGGUUGAAGGAGUUGGAGAUCAUGGCUGUGAGUACAUGACAGGUGGUUGUGCAGUUAUUUUGGGAUUAACUGGCAGAAAUUUUGCUGCUGGAAUGUCCGGAGGUAUUGCCUAUGUCUUGGACGUUGAUGGCUCCUUCAAGAGCAAGUGUAAUCCAGAAAUGGUGGAGCUUCUUCCUCUGAACAAACCGGAGGAUAUAAAAUACGUGAAAAAAUUACUGGAAGAAUUUGUCGAAAAGACUGGUUCACUGAUCGCCGAGGAACUCCUGGUAACGUGGCCUGAACCCACAACGAGAUUUGUUAAGGUAUUUCCUUAUGAGUAUCAACGAGCCCUUCAGCAGAUGGCCGAUGCUGAAGAAACUCCUGAGCCUGUUGUGAAUGGAAAGGAGAAUGGAUCAUCCGUUAAAGAUAUCGAGGACUCCAUCGAAGAUGGUGAUCUUGCACAGAAAAAAUUGGAUAAAAUCAAAGGAUUCAUGAAGUACAAACGUCAUACGAUGAAUUAUAGACCGGUGGAGAAGAGACUGGAGGAUUGGAGUGAGAUUUACAAUUUUCAGGGAGUUCGUAAGGGCCUGAAGGUUCAAGCAGCCAGAUGUAUGGAGUGCGGAGUACCAUUUUGUCAGAGCAGUCAUGGAUGCCCCUUGGGAAACAUCAUUCCAAAAUGGAAUGACUUGGUAUUCCAAUCCAACUGGCAGGAAGCUCUUCGACAACUCCUCCAGACAAAUAAUUUCCCGGAAUUCACUGGCCGAGUCUGUCCAGCUCCCUGUGAGGGCGCUUGUGUUCUAGGUAUAUCAGAGCCUCCAGUCACCAUAAAAAACAUCGAAUGUGCUAUUAUCGAUCAUGCAUUUGAACAGGGCUGGAUCAUUCCCUGUCCACCGCUAUCAAGAACUGGUAAAAGAAUAGCUAUUGUGGGCAGUGGUCCAGCUGGACUUGCUGCUGCUCAACAGCUCAACAAGGCCGGUCACGUUGUCACUGUGUUCGAGAGAAAUGACAGAGUGGGUGGAUUGCUUCAGUAUGGAAUUCCCACGAUGAAGCUAUCGAAGCAAGUGGUCCAGAGGAGGGUGUCGUUAAUGGCUGCUGAGGGAAUAGUAUUCAAGACUGGUGUCAAUGUGGGAAAGGACAUUACGAGUGAAGAAUUGAUGAAGGAGUUUGAUGCUGUACUGUUGUGCACUGGUGCAACGUGGCCCAGGGAUUUGCCAAUACCUGGAAGACAUCUGGAGGGAAUUCACUUUGCUGUUAGCUUUUUGGAGCAUUGGCAGAAGAAACAGAUGGGAAAUGAGGCUCCUUUGAAUAUGAAAUUAAUGGCUAAAGACAAGGAUGUGAUUAUUAUUGGGGGUGGAGAUACUGGCUGUGAUUGUAUUGCUACGAGUUUGAGACAGGGGGCCAAGUCUAUUACUACUUUUGAAAUUUUACCUGAGCCUGGUGAGAAGAGGGCAAAGGAUAAUCCUUGGCCACAAUUUCCGAGAGUUUUCAAGGUCGAUUAUGGACACGAGGAGGUUGCACUGAAAUUUGGUAAUGAUCCCAGGCAGUUUAGCACAUUGAGCAAGGAAUUUUUGGAUGAUGGUGAGGGCAAUGUCACGGGAAUCAGGACAGUCACUGUUGAGUGGACGAAGGAUGAGGCAGGUAGAUGGAAAAUGGCGGAAGUCGAGGACUCGGAGAAGAUUUAUAAGUGCGAUCUUGUUUUACUGGCGAUGGGAUUCUUGGGACCGGAGAAGUAUAUUGCUGAGGAACUGAAGAUGAAGUUGGAUGGGAGGGGGAAUUAUGAGACACCCGGGGGAAAAUAUUCUACCAGUUUGGAGGGCAUUUAUGCAGCUGGAGAUUGCAGGCGAGGGCAGUCACUCGUUGUAUGGGCGAUAACUGAAGGACGUCAGGCAGCUCGUGAAAUUGAUUACGCACUUAUGGGUCGUACAACUUUGCCAGGUCCUGGUGGAAUAAUUUCUCACGUUGAUCAAGACUCUUCCUAAUCGCCCAAACAUGGAAAACGAAAAUUCUUUUUACAUUGAACGCCAUAAAGCUGAGAUGUUUGCAAGUUGACGUUUACCCCAGCAGACGAAUGCCACGUGCUUUUGGAAACUUAAUUAUCAGGAGUGAUUCAGUAGUGAAUGGAACUAUCUAAAAUGUGUUAUUAAUUUUCAGGAUUUAUGUUCUUGGUUCUUAGUUAUUAAAAAAAUGUUUUUCGAAUCAUAUCUAGAGCCUGUGAAUGGGUAAUGGCUUAACGACUAAGUGUACAUCACUUGUUUUCUCUCUCUCUCUCUCAAAUAUCACUAAGGAUCUUCAUGGCAACCAAACGGAAAAAAGCAAUUAUGUAUUCUGUUAAUGAAAUGAAAAUUGUUAAAUUAUUUUAGGUGAAGUAAUAAGGGACAAUUAUACUAUUGUAAUAUUCACAGAGAUUUGGAAUGACUUUUACAAUCUCGCGUUUAAAGCCCCUUUAACGAAUUCCCACUCAAGUUUUUUAGAGAAAAAAAUUUAUAUCGUAAAAUCACCGGACAGUCAAAUAAUCUAUUUGAUAUUCUGAAUAAUUAUUUUUCAGUGGUAAAAAUGAGUCAAUAGAUGAAGGGGAUUUCAGGUACUUUUAACUGAUUUCUACAGAAAUUUUUUCGCUCAUUUCACUACACAAGACAGUUAAAUUAGUAAAGAAAAAUGAAAAAUCCAAAAAAAUAUAUUAUCCGUACUGUACUUAGUAUAGAGAGUGAGAUAGAGACUCACAUUAUACAUAUAUAAAUAGUUUAAUGCUUAAAAGAGAUAGAUUUAUUCAAAGUUUUGAAUUUUUAAUAUGUACGCAGGUUCGAUUAUUCAGUCCUUCAAAUGAAAAAAAUCAUUAUUAUAUUACCUGUUUAGCAAAUAGGCCAAAUGUCUUUCUAUAUUACUAUAUUCUACAUUAAUGAACGUUUUUUUAGUACCUAUUCGUUAACAUUCUUUUCCCACGCCUGCCUUCUAUAUUUUGUUUUAAUUUUGAUAGUUGUCAUCAUUUAUUGUAACGCAAAAUUUGGAAAAGAUAUGGAGCAUUUAAGUAGCAUGCUUAUUUAUUAUUUAUUGAUGAUAGAGUAAAUGACGAUUGAUAAAAAUGAGAAAUUAAAAAAAAUUGUCGCGGUUUUCGUUGUUCUAAUUUUUUUCUCCAAUUUUAUGAGUAUUAACCGCGUGAGUUACUUUAUCAAGUAUAUUACUGAGACAAUAAAAUUAUAAUAUGAAAUGUUA